CCGCGUCCCUUCCUGGUCGGCCACUGAAGAGUGGCUGGCGGCGCCGGCACCGCGCCCGUAACCAUCCGUCUCCAUCGGGACCGGCCGCGGCCUGAACAGGUUUUAGAAGAUGGCAAAAUUUGUGACUCCGGUGAUCCAGGACAACCCCUCAGGCUGGGGCCCGUGUGCUGUCCCCGAACAAUUUCGGGACAUGCCCUACCAGCCGUUCAGUAAAGGAGAUCGGUUGGGCAAGGUUGCAGACUGGACAGGUGCCACCUACCAGGAUAAGAGGUAUACGAAUAAGUAUUCCUCCCAGUUUGGUGGUGGAAGUCAGUAUGCUUAUUUCCAUGAGGAGGACGAGACUAGCUUCCAGCUGGUAGACACAGCCCGGACCCAGAAGACGGCUUACCAGAGGAACAGGAUGAGAUUUGCCCAGCGGAAUCUUCGGAGGGACAAGGACCGUCGGAAUAUGUUGCAGUUCAACCUGCAGACCCUGCCUAAGAGUGCCAAGCAGAAGGAGAGAGACCGCAUACGUCUUCAAAAGAAGUUCCAGAAGCAGUUUGGAGUAAGGCAGAAAUGGGACCAAAAGUCCCAGAAGCCCCGAGAUUCUUCCGUAGAAGUUCGUAGUGACUGGGAAGUGAAGGAAGAAAUGGAUUUUCCUCAGUUAAUGAAGAUGCGUUACUUAGAGGUGUCAGAGCCGCAGGAUAUCGAGUGCUGUGGGGCUCUGGAAUAUUACGACAAGGCCUUUGACCGGAUCACCACGAGGAACGAGAAGCCUCUGCGGAGCAUCAAGCGCAUCUUCCACACCGUCACCACGACAGAUGAUCCCGUCAUCCGCAAGCUGGCAAAGACUCAGGGCAAUGUGUUCGCCACAGACGCCAUCCUGGCCACGCUGAUGAGCUGCACUCGCUCGGUCUAUUCCUGGGAUAUUGUCGUCCAGAGGGUCGGCUCCAAGCUCUUUUUUGACAAAAGGGACAACUCGGACUUUGACCUCCUGACCGUGAGUGAAACUGCCAACGAGCCCCCUCAGGAUGAAGGCAACUCCUUCAACUCGCCCCGUAACCGCAUGGAGGCCACCUACAUCAACCACAACUUCUCCCAGCAGUGCCUACGAAUGGGAAAGGAAAGGUACAAGUUUCCCAAUCCAAAUCCUUUUGUGGAGGAUGACAUGGACAAGAAUGAAAUCGCCUCGGUGGCGUACCGGUACCGGAGGUGGAAGCUUGGUGACGACAUCGACCUCAUCGUCCGCUGUGAGCACGACGGCGUGAUGACCGGGGCCAACGGAGAGGUGUCUUUCAUCAACAUUAAGACCCUCAAUGAGUGGGACUCUAGACACUGCAAUGGUGUGGACUGGCGUCAGAAACUGGACUCUCAGCGGGGGGCGGUCAUCGCUACGGAGCUCAAGAACAACAGCUACAAGCUGGCUCGCUGGACCUGCUGCGCACUGCUGGCCGGAUCGGAGUACCUCAAGCUCGGGUACGUGUCCCGCUACCACGUCAAGGACUCGGCUCGUCACGUCAUCCUGGGCACCCAGCAGUUCAAGCCCAAUGAGUUUGCCAGUCAGAUCAACCUGAGCGUGGAGAACGCCUGGGGCAUCCUGCGCUGCGUGAUCGACAUCUGCAUGAAGCUGGAGGAGGGCAAGUACCUCAUCCUCAAAGACCCCAACAAGCAGGUGAUCCGCGUCUACAGCCUGCCCGACGGCACCUUCAGCUCCGACGAGGACGACGACAAUGAGGACGAAGACGAGGACGAGGAAGAGGAAGAAGCGUAAACGGGACGGCAAGGCCAGACGUACAUCCCUGCACAUCUUCAGCCUCUUUGCCUUGAAGGGACUAGAGGAUCCUGUGGGGAUUAGCCUUGUUUACACAGAGGUUUAAUAGAUGAAAUAAAGAGAAACCUAAUUCA